GACGGUGUUGUUGCUCAGGUACUGGACAAACUCCUGCUUUACCUUCGCAUUGUCCACUCCAUCGACUACUACAACACUUGCGAGUAUCCCAAUGAGGAUGAGAUGCCGAACCGGUGCGGGAUCGUACACGUUCGGGGACCGCUGCCCCCCAACAGGGUUUCGCAGCACGAAGUUGCGGAGUGGCAGAAGCUGUUUGAGGAGAAACUGACGCCGUUGUUCAGUGUGAGGGAGUGCCUUUCCGAAGAGGAUGCUGCAAAGAUGGGGAAGAAGGAUCCUGAGCAGGAGGUGGAGAAGUUUAUCCUGGCCAACACGCAGGAGCUAGCCAAGGACAAGUGGCUCUGCCCUUUGAGUGGCAAGAAGUUCAAGGGACCAGAGUUUGUUCGGAAACACAUCUUCAACAAGCACAGCGAGAAGAUUGAAGAGGUUAAAAAGGAGGUCUCCUUUUUCAACCACUUCCUCAUGGACGCAAAGAGACCGGCCCUGCCAGAGAUUAAAUCCAAUCAGCCACCAGCACCAGGAGCCCAGCCACUUGGUUUGAACCCAGCUAUGGGUUAUCCUCACCAUUCUCCCCAAGGCUUGCUUGGGUUUGGCCAGCCGCGCCCCCCCGUGUUGGGAUUUGCAGCUGGACCAGCCUAUCCUCCUCCUCAGUAUGGUGGCCGUGGAGCCUACGAUGCAUACCGAGGGCAGGGAGGCUACCCAGGGAAGCCCAGGAACAGGAUGCUGAGAGGAGAUCCCAGAAACAUUGUAGAAUACAGAGACCUGGACGCUCCAGAGGAUGUGGACUUUUUUUAAGUGUUCCUAAUUAGGCUGAACAAUCGACCAGAGCAUUUUGUUCUUUGUUAAGUUAAAGAAUUUUUCGUAAGGUUGCCAGUAUUUUGUCCAGACAGACGGUAUGUUGUAACGUAGAGUUUUCUGUUUUCCCCGGAGGCACUAACCCAUACUGAAACUGUGAUGUAAUGUGUUCUGCUGAAGAACUUGAAAUAAAAGGAACUCUUUACAGGCUGGUUA